GUUAAUUUUCAAAAAGAGUGUAAAUUUAGGGAUUAAAAAAGAUUGCUGAUAAUGACACUGGAGUCCAGAAGUUGGAUUUCUAUCCUGAUGUGCCUAGUAAUGGUGGAAGGAUUAAAAUAUAAAUGCCCCUUCAGCAGUUUGUGCACAUGCACAGCUCACAACAAAAGCAUCUUUGCCGACUGCUCAGGGCAAGGCCUGAAUAAGACACCAGAAUUCCCUUCUGACGUCACUGGUAUAAAUUUAGCAAGGAACAACUUUUCACACAUACCCCAAAAUCUUCCACAGACACUGCUCUACCUGGAAAUGUCCCAUAACAAAUUAUAUAAAUUGGAUAAUGCGUCAUUGGCCAAAUAUAUACAUCUUCGAAACUUCAGCAUUUCUUGGAACAGACUCAUCGAAGUUCAGAAGGGAACUUUUCAAAACACUUCAUUCCUUGAAAAUCUGGACAUUUCUUAUAAUACUAUACUUACUAUUGAUGUUCUAUUUAAUAUUUCUCAGGAUCUGAAGAAUUCAAACAUAAAAACUUUAAAUUUCGAGAAACUUCAAUGCACCUAUGGGGUUAGUCAGAUCUUAACAAUAAACCACAUUUUGAAUUUGAAGAGAACACAGUUGAAAGAACUGAAUUUAGCAUCAAACAGAAUAAAUAGUUUAGAAACGGGUGCUUUGGCUUCCCUACCAAAAUCUCUCCUGGUCCUGAAUCUGGCAGAUAAUGUGCUAAGUUAUGGGCUGUACAUCAUGGAAUUUGCGGCUUUACACAAGUUGGAGGUUCUUAACGUUAGUUUCCAAUCAACAUUUCAUCAAGUUCUUAUGAAUCGCAACUUCUUUGAUCAAUGCAAUGAUACUCGAAGAAAGCCAAACUUCGACUUGUACCUACAUGAAACAUGUAAUAGUGCAACCUCUGUUGACAAAGUCCUUCCUGAAAUGGAUAAUUUUCUUACACGAGAUUUUAACUACACGGUUUACUUUCCACCGAACCUACGCAAAUUUUAUUUUCAUGACAAUUUAUAUAAAAUGUCUAUUCCCCACUUUCCUUUAGCGCAUCUUGCUAAUUUAACUCAUGUGUAUGGACAACGAAAUAUUAUCUAUGAAGUCAUAGGACCUGUCACAGGUGUAGACCAAAUUGAUUACAUUGAUUUUUCCGGUAACUUUUGUGGUUUUAUAUCAAAAUCGUUUUUUAAAUCAUUUUCAGGACUUAAAUAUUUGAAUAUUUCUAAUAACGCUUUGGGACAGGUUUUUGAAAAUGAUAAAAAUGGAGUGAUUUUAUCUGCGCAAACAGAUUUAUUAACACUGGAUUUGUCUAUCAAUAGAAUAUAUCGCCUUUCAGAAAAGGUGUUUUUAAGCAACAAGAAAUUGGAACGUUUGUAUCUACACUAUAACUCACUAAGUAAAUUUCAAGUGCGAAUUGGACAUAUGAGAAAUCUUAUCUUAUUAGAUCUCUCUUAUAAUCAGUUAUCAGGUCUUGAGUCAGCUACGAGAGAAGCAUUAACUAGCAUAUCAACAUCUAAACUAAUUCAGGUUAAUUUGAUGGGCAAUCGUUUAAAGUGUUCGUGCGAAAAUCUUGAUUUCAUUCGGUGGAUGUACAGCUCUAAGUCUCUUCAUUUUUUGUAUUUUGAAAACUAUACCUGUGCAUUUGGCAAUUUUGCAGAAUAUCCUUUAAAUAAUACAAAGAAUAUACUUGAAAAAUUAGAAAAAGUUUGUUCCUCAUACACUCUAACUACAAUUAUUGUGACGUCAUUGAUCAUCUCUGCCAUUACU